AUGGCGACCAAACCGGUGGAAUGGCAGAUGAAGGGGCACUCGACAGUGUCCGCCUAUCUGGUCUCUAAGGGCGCCCAGAAAGUGAUCGACUUCAUGAUUGAAAUGCUGAACGCGCACCAGAUGUACAAGCAGACUAAUGAAGAUGGAACCGUCAAGCACGCGUCGUUGCGCAUCGGCGACACGGUUGUGAUGGUCACCGACGCUAACGACGAGCAUCCGGCUCAAACAGUGUGGAUGUUCGUCUAUGUACAGGAUGUCGACAAGACCUACGAGCUCGCGUUGAGCAAAGGCGCGGAGUCAGUGGAAGCGCCCGUGGACAAGCCUUACGGCGAUCGGAUGGGUGCUAUCAAGGAUCCCGCGGGCAACACUUGGUGGAUUGCAACGCACAUGUUUAACCCUUACGGCUGCACUGGCGACGCUCAAGUUGCAGAGUGA